AUGGCCUCCGACUGCUUGCUCCCAGGCCAGCCCGUCCCUCUUCCUCGCGGGCCUCUGCCUCAGCUUGGCAGCGGCAUCUACAUGAAAGACGGGGAGCCUCGGGCGAGCCUCGUCGGCAUUCCGCGCUACGAUGCAUCUACUCUGGCUAUCUCUCGUGUCCGUCCGCACCCGCCGGCUCCGAACUCCAUAGUGCUCGGGUCUGUCACGCGUCUCUCGCCGCAGCAAGCGGUGGUGUCCAUCACGGUGGUGGACGGGAUGCCACUCCCUGCGGGAGAGGAAUUCACGGGCGUGAUCCGCGUGCAGGAUGUGCGCGCAACCGAAAAGGACAAGGUAAAGAUCGCCGACUGUUUUCGAGGCGGGGACGUGGUGAAGGGGCUCGUUAUCUCGCUCGGCGACGCGCGGAGCUACUACAUCACGACGGCGCGCAACGACCUCGGUGUCCUGUUCGCGACGAGCGAGGCAGGUGCGACGAUGGAGCCUGUGUCGUGGCAGGAGAUGCGGUGCGCUCGGACGGGGAGGAUCGAGCGGCGGAAGUGUGCGAAGCCCGAGGGCGUGUGA